AUGGAUCGGAAAACAUCAAAACCCCAUAAAAAAUCCCAAACACUACCUUCAUCACCAACCCAUAUAUUCAAAUCUCCAUCUUCUACCUCCCCAGACUUCGAAUUCGCCGUCACUCUCUCUCCUCGGAAAUCCGCCGCCGGCGGUUUAUGUCCCGCCGACGAUCUAUUCUACAAAGGUAAGCUUCUUCCUCUUCAUGUCACUCCUAGAUUAUCCAUGGUCCAAACCAUCUUACUAUCAUCUUCAUCAUCAUCUUCAUCAUCAAACUUUGCCGCUUCACGUGAUUCAACUGUCAGCCGGAGUUCAAAUGAAUCCGCUAGAACCUCAUUCUCCAGCGAUGUUAAUCUCAUUUACUCCACUAAUAUUGAGUCAGCUCGUUCGAGUUCCGUCACCGGAGACGACGAAGUGAAGCGAAUAAGUAAAAAAAACAAAUAUUCUUUAUCUAGAUUAACUUCUGUUUUCAAAAAUGAACCAAAACAUGAUAGUAAAACAACCAGAUCGUCGGAGAAACGUGUGAAGGGUAAGUCUGCUAAGGAGAUGAUUCUCAAGUAUCUUAAGAAAGUUAAACCAUUUUGUGAAAAGAUGAAGCCCCAUGAACAUGGGAUAAAGAAAACUGGUGGGAAAGAUGGAAAAGGUAAAGAUUCGUUUUCAGGGGAUUUGAUAUAUACUAGAAGGAAGACGAUGUCGGGGACAUGUCUGUCGUCGCCAAUCCAUCACCACCACCACCAUGACCACCGGGGAAAUGAAAACCGACAUGUGAAGUCUUGUAGUGACAUACCAUCAUCAUCAUCAAUGGAGGAAUUGCAGAAUUCAAUACAGGGGGCAAUAGUCCAUUGUAAGAAUUCUAUGAAAAUUGAUGGAGGAAGAUUAUGA